GACGAUUAGUCGAAGUGCAACUACAGCCGCCAGCGGACGUGGACGUGGGCGCACCAUCAAUCUCCAUUCGUAAUCCGUAAUCAAGUGACAUCACCAUGAGGUCAUCGUCGUGCCAGCUGCUGUGCCUGGCUGUUCUAAUGGCCAUCUGCUCCCUGGGCCAGGGACAAUUCAAGACGUCUGGCAUCAAGACGCGCCAGCCGCCAUCGGGAAACCUGCAGCUUUCCGGAAAUAGUAGUGAGUUUGGGUGGAGCAACUACAACCAAACGAACUAUGCCUGGAACAGCAGUCAAAACCGGAGUAACUACGGCUGGAGCAGUCAAAAUCAUAUGGGCCAGGGAUCCGGUGGAUUUGUGGCCGCCGAGACAUACCAACCGGCCACCCUUCCCCCGCUCUAUGGACACUAUGUGCAGGCGGUGACUCCGCCGGUUCAUCGUGCACCCCAAAUCCUCGAUGAAACGGCCCUGUUCAUCAACAAAACCCGAUCUGGCAUGGCCAGCGGCGUCUGCUUCAAGGAAGUUCCAACCGCUUCCCUUGUGCGCAAUUCCGGGGAUAAGUUCGUGGGCAAUGGCACCACCCCGGACAUGAGUCGCAUCGAGGUCUGCUGCGAGGGCUACGAACGCAAUCCGCACAUUUACCGCCGCUGCGAGCCCAUCUGCGCGGACGACUGCCCCAAUGGAAUCUGCACGGCGCCCAACACCUGUGUCUGCAUCCCUGGCCAUGUACGCACCUUCGAGGGCAAGUGCAUCUCCACCUGCCCCCUGGGCUGUGGCAACGGGGUGUGCGACGAGAACAACGCGUGCAAGUGCCGCGAAGGCUACUCCCUGGAGCCCGUGAGUGGCAAGUACUGCCAGCCGGACUGCAAACCCGGCUGCUCCUUCGGCCGCUGCGUGGCGCCCAACAAGUGCGCCUGCCUCGAAGGAUACCGCCCGGCCGCCGACGGAUCCUGCGAACCAGUCUGCGACAGCUGCGAGAAUGGACGGUGCACGGCCCCAGGACACUGCACCUGCAACGAGGGCUACCUCAAGCUCCAAGGACGCUGUGAGCCCAUCUGCUCCACACCCUGCAAGAACGGACGCUGUAUUAGUCCGGACACCUGUGAGUGCACCUCCGGAUUCGAGUGGGACCGGAAGAAGUCGGAGUGCCUGCCGAAGUGCGACCUGCCCUGCCUCAAUGGCGUCUGCGUGGGCAACAACCAGUGCGAGUGCAAGACGGGAUACGUGAAGGACGACCACCAGGGGAACAUCUGCCAGCCCCACUGCUCCCAGGGAUGCCCCAACGGAUUCUGCAGUGCCCCCAACUUCUGCAUCUGCAGGCCGGGAUUCAUCAAGAGCGGCAUUAAGGGACGCCAGACGUGCCAGGCCGUCUAAGUGGGACUUCCAAUCUUUAUUGUUUCUUCUUAGUUGAAAUUAAAUAGACGUCCGAUCAGGGCAUUGAACUCGUA